GGUUAUGAUGUGGUUGCAAUUGCUAGCCCUGAUCGCUAUGUUGUAGGUCUCGAGAUAUCAGAGCAUGCCGUUAAGAAAGCAAAAGAGUUGUUCUCUUCAGUGCCAAAUACGAAUUAUUUUACCUUUGUGAAGGCAGACUUCUUCACUUGGCAACCAACUGAAUUGUUUGAUCUCAUUUAUGAUUAUACGUUCUUUUGUGCACUUGAACCAUCCAUGAGAUCAGCUUGGGCAAGCCGAAUUCGAGAUUACUUGAAACCAGAUGGAGAGCUCAUAACUCUAAUGUUUCCGAUUGAUGAUCAUAUUGGUGGACCCCCAUACAAAGUUUCGGUGGCUGACUAUAAAGAGGUGUUACAUCCUAUGGGCUUUAAGGAAAUCUCCAUAGUGGAUAAUGAGCUUGCAGUUGGACCACGCAAGGGAAGAGAGAAGCUGGGGAGGUGGAAGAAAUCUCCAAAUCUAUCCUCACUAUGAUGGAAAUUCAUUCUUCUAUUCAAUAAUUAUUGAAAGAAAACAUACUUCUCCAAAUCUUUAUUUUGUUCUGUAAGUGAAGUGUUUCAGCAGAUUUAGUCCAUAUUGGUUGUGGGACAAGAUUGUUUAUAGGUAUACCUGUAUUUUAACCAGGGAAGAACCAUGAUCCGGAAGAAUUCUCAGUUGUUCAAGAUUGUCAGAUUUAAUAUUCCGAGAAAGGAAUUUGAAUGCAGAUGCAAAUGGAAUAUUUUGAUUA